GAUACUCUAUAUAUAAAACCACAUCUUUGGUUUCGGAAAAAAAAGAGAGAGAUCAAUAUACUUAAAAACAUUACAAAUUGCUUUAUGUCAAGCUUUAAGGUUAACACUUGUACUAUGAUGAAUGUUGCCCUAAUGGUGGCAAUGGUGACGGUAAUCUCGCCUCGUGGGGCGGAGGCUGGCCGAGCUUUCUUUGUGUUCGGCGACUCUCUCGUCGAUAACGGAAACAACAACUACUUAGCUACACCGGCUCGAGCUGAUUCCCCGCCGUAUGGCAUUGAUUACCCGUCUCAUCAGCCUACUGGCCGGUUCUCUAAUGGCUUAAGCUUUCCUGACUUGAUCAGUGAGUCCAUGGGGUUGGAACCAACAUUGCCAUACUUAAAUCCUGAACUUAACGGUCAGAAGCUAAUCAAUGGUGCCAAUUUUGCCUCUGCCGGGAUCGGAAUCCUCAACGACACCGGACUUCAAUUUGUGAACAUAUUAAAAAUGUGUAGGCAAUUCGAACUAUUUGGAGAGUACAAACAAAGAGUUGGGGCAAUGAUAGGACAAGCAAAAGCAGAGCAGCUAGUGAAUAAUGCAGUAGUUCUGAUUACUUUGGGUGGAAAUGAUUUUGUUAAUAAUUACUUUUUGCCCACUUUCUCUUUGAGAAGGCAGCAGUUUGCUCUCCCUGUUUAUUGCCAGUUUCUUAUCUCUGAGUACAAGAACAUUCUCAUGAAGCUGUAUGAAUUGGGAGCAAGAAGGGUGCUCGUGACAGGGACCGGACCGCUCGGUUGUGUCCCGGCCGAGCUAGCUUACUAUGGGAGCAGAAAUGGAGAGUGUUCACCAGAGCCACAGAGAGCUACAGGAUUAUACAAUCCUCAGCUAUUCCAAAUGCUUCAACAACUCAACUCCCAAAUUGGCUCUGAUGUUUUCAUUUCUGCCAAUGCAUUUGACAUGAACAUGGACUUGAUCAACCAGCCCCAACAAUUCGGUUUUGUAACAUCAAAAAUAGCAUGUUGCGGACAAGGACUAUACAAUGGGAUAGGAACAUGCACUAUGCUGUCGAACCUGUGCAAGAACAGAGACGAGUAUGUGUUUUGGGACCCAUUCCAUCCAACAGAGAGAGCAAGCAGGAUCCUGGUGCAGCAGCUCAUGACUGGAUCCACCAAGUAUAUGAACCCUAUGAACCUCAGCACCAUUAUGGCCAUAGACGCAAAUCUCUGAAACACUGAAUUUCUCGUUAAUUCCUAUAUAUAUAUUUACUUUUGUUUGUUCUAUUACAAUGGCUUGUUUGUGAACAUCACUUUUGUAGUGUGUUGAAAAUUGAUGGACCUUCAUUUUAUUGAAUCUUGAUCUUUUUCCUAA